AUCGACAAGAUGGUGGUUGGGCCUGGGUCGUACUUUUCUCGGCUUUUCUCGGGCAUUUCAUAUUCGUGGGGAUGUCGUUUUCGUUUGGCGUCUACUUCGUGGAGCUACGAAAUUUCUUCGGGAGUUCGGCGAGCCUAACUUCAUGGGUCGGCUCCCUCAACACCGGACUUCUGUUCGGAGCAGGUCCCAUAGCUAGCGCAUUGCUGAAUAAGCUUGGCGCUCGACGGACGGUGAUCAUUGGAGGCGUGUUGGCAUCGGGCGGUCUCAUUAGCGGUUACUUCGCCCAAAGCACCUAUCACAUCAUCAUCUCGUUUGGAUUGGUAGCAGGUAUCGGUUUUGGAAUAGCCUACACGCCAUGCGUCAUUAUGGCGGGAACGUAUUUCAAUAGAUGGCGCUAUCUGUCUACAGCCGUCGCGUGCAGCGGCGGUGGAUUGGGCGUGAUUGCCUUCUCUUUCAUCUUUAGCAAUCUGACGGAGGCUUAUGGCUUGCGAGGCUCUAUGCUAAUAAACGGUGGCAUAGCCCUGAAUCUCGUGCUCUGUGGUGUCCUCCUGCGACCGUUGUCUACCGCACCAGCCGCUAAGAUACCUGCCUGUGACGUCACGUUGCUGCGUGACGUCAAAUUGCUCAUCUUCGCCGUCAGUAUGAUCCUCUGGAACAUCGGCACAGUGACGGUUUUUGUCACAGUCAGUGAUUAUCUCAUAGAGAGUGGGAUAGCGCAAGAUAAAGCCUACUUUCUACUUACGAUCAUCGGUAUAUCCAACACGAUCGGGCGCCUGUUAGCUGGUUUCACCGCUCUAAUUCGCCACAUACGCUACGCUAACCAUUGGGUUUACACCGUAUCCGUGGCCGGCCACGCAAUAUCGAGCAUGCUGUUUAGUACUGGCGGAACAUUCGGCGUCUUCGCUCUGUAUGGAACACUGUUUGGGUUCUUUUUCGGUCUGCAGCUGGGAGCGUUGGCAAACGUUAUCAUAGAUCUCUUCGGAAUUAAAAAGUUCAACAACAGCUAUGGUUACCUUAUGUUUGCCGAGGGAAUUGGAAAUGUAAUUGGAGCUCCCAUUGCAGGUGCACUUCGUGAUUACACAAGGAGUUACGUCGUAUCGUUCCUUUGCGCUGGUUCGUCCAGUCUGCUGAGUUCUGCUAUUCUCGUCCUGCUGUAUUUCUGCGACAAAAGACAAAAACCCGCAUCGACCCACGUUGACAGAAAGCAACGCCACUCUUUAGUAGAAUUUCAUCAUAGAGUUGAGGAACAGUAUGACCCUCGCAAGAUGUCUACGUUAACAGCUGAGACUGUGGUAGCUGACGUUAGUGACGUCCAGGAGCCUGGUAACCUAGCUGUCACGUUGGAAUAGUGCUCUUUAUUGAUGUGAGUAGUGAAGUUGCUCUAACGUAUGAUGUAGGCACCAUGUAACACCAUGUUUAAGGCGUUUAAAACGCUUGUCUGUUUUGAAAGUCAGUUAGCAUAGAAUCAUGCUAUCACCCAUUCGUGACUGUUCACCAUGCAUUCAUAUAUAUGACGCCGGCUUCAUAAUCUAAGUAUCUAAGUAUCUAAGUAUCUAUAUAAUUUUAUGAUUUUAAGUUGUAUACCACUAUCUCCGUUAC